CCAUAAUCCUUUCUCGGUUUAUAUUCUUCCCUGUUUUUAACGCAGCAUCUCUGUUUCAUUCUUCCAUUAACACCUUCCGGAUUCUCAAUGGCCAGAAAGGCUCGUGGGAACUCCGCGUACGUCGUCGUUUCGCUUUUCAUCUUCUUCGGCUUGCUCUACAACCGUUGCAUCUAUCAUGCCGCCGUUUCUUAUUACGCCGUCCCCUUUUCCGGCGUCGCUCAGCCGCGAACCACCAAAAGCGCAGCAGACUUUACGGCGAAUAAGCUCAUCACUGAGAAUUUCCGACUGGGAGCCGGCGGAGCCGCCCCUGGCCGUCGAGUGAUCUCCACCGCGCCGGCGAUUCCGGCGGUGGCCGUCGCGGUGCCGGACUGGGAGGUGUUUGUGGUGGCCUCGCCGGAAUAUUCGCCGUUGAAUUUGGAUGAAGAUGACCCCUACGUCUGCGUAUUCGAGCAGGGAGAAUCCUCGCCGGCGAUCCCCGUCGGAGUGUUGCCGUUUCCCGAUCGGUCACUGUUCAAGUGCGAGUCUCCGAGAAGCGCUCGCCGGAGAAAGGUGAAUAAGCAACCGAUUUUGACUCUCUCGUCUUCUCUGAUCAAUUUCACUUCUCCCCCGGAAAAUUCGCAACCGUCUCUGCUCCAGUGGAACUUUCUCGCGUACGACUCUAUCACGACGGCGGACGACGUCGUUUUGUUCGUGAAAGGCGUUAACAACCGUCAAGGCAUCAACCGGAACCCAACGGAACUCCGUUGCGUUUUCUUCCCGGGAGAUGACACAAUUAACGCCGUCAAAACCGCCGUCACCAGCUCAAUACAAGAAGUCUUUCGCUGUAAGCUACCGGAAUUCCCUGCCGGAAAAAAACAGCUCAUCAAAGUCUCCCUCGAAAUCGUGGGACCCAAUCCGAUCAUCGUCCCCACCGUGGCUUUCUACAACCCGCCUCUCCACCUCCCCGAACCGGAAACCGAACCGGGAACUGAACCGGGAAAUAAAAAGUCCAAGCUCUGCGCCGCCACAAUGGUAUAUAACGUCGCGAAAAACUUAAAAGAAUGGGUUAUGUAUCAUUCUCGAAUCGGAGUCGAAAGAUUCAUACUUUACGACAAUAACAGCGACGACGAAUUGCGACAAACAGUGAAAAACCUCGUACAACAACAAGGAAUCGACGUAACAACCUAUUUUUGGCCAUGGCCGAAAACUCAAGAAGCCGGUUUUUCGCACAGCACAGUAUACGCUAAUAGCUCGUGUAAAUGGAUGAUAUUCACCGACGUCGACGAGUUUUUGUAUUCAAAAUCGUGGGACGAUUUCCACGCGCCCUCACAAUCGCUAUUACACUCCGUUUUACCGGAAACCGGUGACGUGGCGCAACUCAGCGUGGCUUGUCUCGAGUUCGGGCCGUCGAACCGGACUUCCCACCCGACGGCGGGCGUAACGCAGGGGUAUAAUUGCCGGAGAAAGAAGGAAAAUCGGCACAAAUCGAUUGUUUUAUUGGACGCCGUGGAUUUUUCAUUGGUUAAUGUAAUUCAUCAUUUUAAGUUGAAGCCGGGGUUUAAGACGGUUAAGGUGAAGCUCGAAGAUAUGGCGGUGAAUCACUAUAAGUAUCAGGCGUGGCCGGAGUUUAAGGCGAAGUUCCGGCGGAGGGUUUCGGCGUAUGUGAUCGACUGGACCCGGCAGGAGAAUCCGAACUCGAAUGACCGGACUCCCGGUCUAGGUUACAGGCCGGUCGAGCCGGAGGGUUGGGCGAUGAGAUUCUGUGACGUGUACGAUGAGGGGUUGAAAUUGCUGACGCGGAGAUGGUUCGGCGUGGAAUCUCCGGCGGGUCUCCGAUUGGCUUGGCAGAGUAGAUGAUAGUCCAACCUUAAAACUCUAUUUAAUUUUUUUAAAGAUUUUUUUUUUUUUUACAUAAAUUUGGUUUACAUUGUUUUGGUGGAUUUUGAUUGUAGAUAUACUGAUUAUAUAUUCUUUUGUCAUUUUAAUCCCAUAAUUGAAUGGGAGAUGAUGAUAACAUUCUUCUGUCUAAUCCAUUUGUUACGGUCAAA